AUGAUAAAACCAAUACCAGGUAUGCCAACACACUGGUUGUAUGGUAAUACUCACCAAGUGAAUCGUGAACAGCAUGAAAAGUAUCUUAGACGUAUGAUUGCUUGGUUAAAUGAAAAUAAACUUUCUAUCAGCAAGUUCUGGAUUGGUCCAUUACUUCCAGUUGUUUAUGUGAGUCAUCCAGACAUUGUUAGAGAUGUUCUAAAGGAACGUAAGCAAGCUUUAGUUUUGACAGGAAACAACAAUGUCAAUUUAGACAUAGGUGAGAGUACUGUGAAAAGUGACAAACAUUUAAUAGAUUUUCUUGAUGUUCUUCUUACUGCUAGAGAUGAUAAUGGAAUAGGUCUUACUGAUUUAGAGAUCAGAUAUGAAGUAGAUACAUUUAUGUUUGAAGGAUAUGAUACUACUGCUAGUACUAUAUCAUGGACACUCUAUUGUCUUGCUAAAUACCCAGAGCAUCAAGAAAAGUGUAGAGAAGAAAUCAAGGCUGUCCUUGGAGACAGGAAGCACUUUAGAUAUGAAGAUCUGUCUGAGCUCAAGUACACAUUGUGGUGUAUUAAGGAAACUUUACGACUUUAUCCUCCAGUUAUGUCAUCCUUUAGGCAAUUUGAAGAAGAUUCUAUGCUGGAUUCUCAUUUAAUUCCUAAGGAAGCUUGGAUUGGUAUUUCUAUAUAUUGUAUUCAUCACAAUGCUUUGUUUUGGGAUGAACCUGAAUUAUUUAAUCCUCUUCGAUUCCAUCCAGAUAGGAUGUCAACUCAGCAUCCAUAUGCUUUCAUACCAUUCUCAGCUGGACCAAGAAACUGUAUUGGACAAAACUUUGCUCUUAAUGAAGAAAGAGUUGUUAUUGGUAGCAUUUUAAAUAAGUUCAAGAUCCACUAGUAGAAAAAUCAGAACAUUGAGAUUAUGAUGGAAUUAUUACUAAAACCUAACUGUGACAUUAAACUUUGGAUUCAAACAAUAGAGCAGUAA